AUGCUGCAGGGUGGUUGUUUGACGCGAGCUCAGGUGGCGGAGAACAAGCUCUACAGCGCGGGGGCAGAUCAAGUGAUCACUGAGUGGGACUUAAAUGAGUCCCGUCCGACUCGCACGUUCGAGGGGCACGAGGGCUGGAUCACGGCGAUCGUCAUCGACAGCUCGCAAGGGCUCCUCAUCUCAGCCUCUGACGAUCAGACGGUCCGCGUGUGGGACCUAAGAACGUCCGAGUGCCUUCAUGUGCUGCGAGGACACGACGAGCCGCUGGCACUCGAGCUGGUCGACCAGACGCUCGCGGUGGCCUGCAAGGGGGCGGUGAUGGUGUGGAACACGCGCACGUGGAAGCUGCGGCAACGCCUGACGAACCACACGCAAGUGCUGCGCGCCAUGUCCGCGGGCCUUCAGCUCUCCAAGCGCAGGCCGCUGGACCCUCGAGUGUUGGAGGCAAGGGAGGCGAGCAAGCUGUCGGGCCUCGUGGUCGGGGCCGUGCGAGCGUCGAAGAAGCACCUGAUGGCGUCGGUGGACGACGGGUGUAUCUGGGUGUGGAACUUGAAGAGCUGGGAGGUAGAGCGGAAGCUUCUUGCUCCAACGCAGAGGGGAGUCUGGGUGCGCCCGCUGCUGGUGAUCUCCAGCUACAACGCCGAGCUGAAACGAGAGGAGGCGAAGCUGGUCUCGGGGUGGGCGGACGGAGCCAUCAGGUCGUACGACUUGCGGACUUGGAGGCUCGAGCACACGAUGGCUGCCCACAGCGGACCUAUCCUGUCGCUAGAGAGCGUCGGAGAGAAGCUGGUCAGCACCGGGGCAGACAUGACGGUCAUCGAGUGGAACGUGACGGACUGGACGAUCGAGAGAGUCAGGCGAGGGCACAGAGGCGCCGUGAGCUCUGCGGCAGGAGCAGGAGAGCGUCUGGUCACGUCCUCCAUCGACGGCUUCAUCAAAGUUUGGGAGCAGUGAGUCUCGUGUAUCAUAUGUAUCUUCCUCCACCUCCCCUGCUGUAAACUAUAUCAACCUCC